AUGGANGGAUCUUCUGAGAUAUGGUCUCACAUGGAUCAAUGCCAGUGGACUUGCACCAUCAGAAUGAUGAUUUCAAAGGUGCUUAAAAUAAUUAAACUGGAGAAUAUUGCUGAGCGACUCAAACCUGCAAAGCCAUCCACAUCAACUAGCCCAAUGAUUUUAGAGGUGCUGAAAAUAACUAAACCUGAGAAUAUUGCUAAGCGAAUCAAAGCUUCAAAGCCGUCAAGUUCACCUGGCCUAAUCACUAUGGAGAUGGUGGGUUUUAUCGAAGUUUUGCUUGAUACUGCUCAUGACAAACUGUUGUCCUUUAGUUUAGUGCAUGCCUCUCGCUUGUAUGUGCUUAAAAGGAAGCUGAGGUAUCUACAAGUCUUCUUCACGUUAACGACAAGGUGGUGCAUUGAGCAUGAGAAUAUGAAGGAUCUCUUCACCCAUGUUGAGGAUGUAGCUUACACUGCGACACACAUGUGUUUCUUAGGGGUGGGCAAAGCUAUGGAUCGCGAGUUCUCUGAAUUGCUGGAAAAGAUAAGUCCUUUUAAGCCUGAAUUGAGGCAGAUUUAUAAGAGCCUCUUGACAGUGUCAAAGUCAUCAUUGUUAGAUACUACAAUGAAUGUAAGGAUAAGUCCUUUUAGCUUUGUCAGUGCUCUCCAAGAGGAUCUGAAAGAGCUAGUAAUCCGUGAUACUUCCUUGAAAGUUUUCCUUGACAAUCAAAUUCCGUGGCUUCAACAAGGACUUCUUUAUCUUUCUAGAUAUCUCCGGGACAUAGAAAUAGAAUUCACUCCACUCGAAGAAUUCAAUUCUCUUCAAUCAAAUAUUGUGGCCCUGGCCAUUGAAGCAGCAAUUGCCAUCUACUCCUCCUAUGAUGAGGAAAUGGACGAAACUACUGAAAUGAAGCGCNAUGAAGUUUAUGGUCGUAUAACAAGUAGCACAGAAAUUGCAUACAAGGCAGAGUAUGUCAUUGACUCGUGCUUGGCCUGUUCUUAUCCACUCUGGUACAAAGUUCUUUGGAUUUCUGAAGUUGUUAAGAAUAUUAAUCUUGUAAAUGCAGUUGUUAGUGAGACUUGUGAAAGAAAGAAUAAUGAUGUGGCAGUGACCGCAGCUGCAAAGACCUCCGGUAAUCUUUUACCAUCAUUAUCAGCCAAUACUCCAAGAACAAAUGAAGAAAUGGAGGGAUUUCAGGAUGCGAUGAACGAAUUAAAGAAGCAGCUACUUGAAGGAUCACCUGAGCUAGACGUUAUCUCAAUAUUUGGCAUGCCCGGAUUGGGUAAGACUACACUUGCAAAGAAGAUUUACAGUGACCCAAUAGUCACCUCUUACUUUGAUGUCCGUGCUCAGUGCUGUGUGACUCAAGUAUAUUCAUGGCGAGAAUUGUUGCUUACCAUUUUGAAUGAUGUGCUUGAGCCUACUGAUCGCAAUUUAAAAGAAGAUGGCGAAUUAGCUGAUGAGCUGCGUCGAUUCUUGUUGACCAAGAGAUUCUUAAUUCUCGUUGAUGACGUGUGGGACACUAAAGUGUGGGACUAUUUACAUAUGUGCUGUAGAGGUUCUCGCAACGGGAGUAGAAUUAUUCUAACGACACGGCUGAGUGACGUUGCCAGUUAUGCUCAAUGUUAUAGUAAACCCCAUCAUCUUCGUUUAUUCAGAGAUGAUGAGAGUUGGACAUUAUUACAGAAAGAGGUGUUUCAAGGAGAGAUCUGUCCACCUGAACUUCUUGAUGUGGGGUUUCGAAUAGCAAAAACUUGUGGAGGGUUGCCUCUCUUCAUUGUGUUGGUUGCUGGUGUUCUGAAAGAGAAAAAGAAGAAAGCAGAAUUGUGGAAAGAAAUAGAAGAAAGUCUAGGUUCGCAGAACAUUGGUUGCUUGGAAGAGAGCAUGUCUAUGAUUGGAUUCAGUUACAAGAAUUUACCACACCAGCUGAAGCCUUGUUUUCUCUAUUUUGGAGGAUUUUUGAAGGGCAAGAAUAUUCAUGUCUCAAAAUUGACUCGGUUGUGGCUUGCCGAGGGUUUUGUACAAGCAAAUAAGGGACCAGAAGAUGCUGCACAAGGUUUCUUGGAAGAUCUUAUUAGUAGAAAUUUAGUGAUGGACGUGGAGAAGAAACCCAAUGGCAAGGUGAAAACAUGCCGGAUUCAUGAUCUGUUGCACAAAUUCUGCUUAGAAAAGGCCAAACAAGAGAAUUUCCUUCUCCGGAUAAACGGAUUCUGUGUAGGGGACACAUUUCCUGAAAAGCCUAUGGAAUAUAUACUGUUUAUUCAUUCUUCCGAGGAUCAUAUUGAUCAGUGGCAGCCAUCUCGUUCAAAUGUUCGCUCCUUAGUACUCAAUGUGAUUGAUCCGGAUAACUUGUUAUGGCCGCAUAAUAUAUCUUUUAUCUUUGACAGUUUCAAACUCGUUAAAGUGUUGGAUUUGGAAUCUUUCAACAUUGGUGGUACUUUUCCGAGUGAAAUACAAUCGCUAAUACAUUUGAGGUACUUUGCUGCUCGUACUGGUGCAAGUUCAAUUCCUUCAUCUAUAGCUAAGCUAUGGAAUCUUGAAACUUUUGUGGUACGAGGAUUGGGAGGAGAGGUGAAAUUACCUAGUUCACUUCUGAAGCUGGUGAAAUUAAGGCAUAUACAUGUAAAGAAUUGUGCUUCAUUUAGUUUGCAUGACAACAUGGGUGAAUCACUUGCUGACUGUCAAUUAGAUAAUCUGGAAACCUUUUCCACUCCACAUCUCUCUUAUGGUGAAGAUACAGAGAUGAUAUUGAGAAAGGUGCCAAAAUUAAGAAAGCUGAGUUGCAUAUUUUCGGAAACAUUUGGUUAUUCAAAGAUAGUUAUGGGAAGGUGUGUUCUUUUUCCCAGAUUGGAGUCCCUAAGUCACCUUGAAUCCCUCAAGCUUGUUUCCAACAGCUAUCCAGCUAAACUUCCACAUGUCUUCAGUUUCCCCUCAAGACUAAGGGAAUUGACUUUAUCAAAAUUUCGUCUACCUUGGAGCCAAAUUUCAACGAUCGGAGAGCUGCCUAACUUGGAGAUUCUUAAGUUACAUCUCAGAGCCUUUGAAGGGAAUCAUUGGGAGGUGAAAGAUUCAGAGUUCCCUGAACUCACAUACUUAGAAUUGGACGACAUCAAUAUUGCACAGUGGUCUGUAUCUGAUAAUGCUUUUCCUAAGCUUAAAUGUUUGGUUUUAACCAAAUGUAAGCGGCUUGAGAAAAUCCCUUCUCAUUUUGAUGAUUCUGUAUCUCUAAGAAGCAUUGAAGUAAAUUGGUGCAACUUGUCAGUUGCCGAGUCAGCCCAGGAAAUUCAGACAACGCAACAUGAAGAAAUGGCAAAUGGUGCGUUCACUGUUAGAAUACAGCCUCCAGAUUGGGCUACAAGAUCAUCUCCUUUGACUCUUAUCUGAGAACAGGUCAUCUGCUAUAUUCUUGAAUCUGAGUGCUAGACUUGCUCUAUAUCCGGAUUCGCGCCGCGUAAGGCUCCAUUCGGGGGGAAACGCUCCAUACCAAGGAUUUUUCUGUACCCAGGGCUUUAACCCGAGACCUCUGGUUAAGGGAAGAACAACCUCAUCGGCUGCACCACAUCUUUGGUGGUAAGAAGUGAAGUGUUUGAAUGAACAUAAACACUGAUUUGUGGUGAAACUUGUAAUAAACGUCUAACAACUUGGAAAUUUGAAAUGACUUUAUUAAUAGCUACCAAAUAACCUGCAGUUUACAAUUUCAA